AGCGGCGCUCGUGGAUGCCCUAGUGAGCCACGCUGCGGGGAGAGGCCCGGGCCCCUGACCCAGCGCUGCCCGCUCCCUCACCUCAGCCGCGGGACCCGCUCACCGGCACCUGAGGCGACGAGUGGCGCGAAGAGACCGCCAAAGUGGGCGCUGAAGCCGCUGCGAGUAACCCCUCCUCCCUCUCGCUUGUUUCUAUGGUGACGGACCCGUAAAGCGCGGCUGCGUCAGUGCCGUAAAGGUUCUUCUUGCGGCACUUCCGGCCGGUUGGGCCUAGGGCAGGCCUGGCCUGUAUUGAGUUUUGGGUCUGGAGAAGGCGAGGUACCGUGUUCUCCCGCAGCUAUGGAGAUGCCGCUGCCGCCCGAUGACCAGGAGCUGCGGAAUGUCAUUGACAAAUUGGCGCAGUUUGUGGCGCGGAACGGGCCCGAGUUCGAGAAGAUGACGAUGGAGAAGCAGAAGGAGAAUCCCAAGUUCUCGUUCCUUUUUGGGGGCGAGUUUUAUGGCUACUACAAGUACAAACUGGCGUUGGAGCAGCAGCAAUUGCUGUGCAAACAGACUCAAGACAUAGAGGCCACUGCACAGAUCCAGCCAUUGUCACAGCCCUCUCUUCCGCCAGCUGCAGCUAUCCCAGCUCCUCAAGGUGCUCCGUCUGUAGAGGAACUUAUCCAACAGAGCCAGUGGAAUCUCCAGCAGCAGGAGCAGCAUCUCCUUGCUAUGCGACAGGAACAAGUUACAUCAGCGGUAGCCCUUGCAGUUGAACAACAAAUGCAGAAAGUCUUGGAGGAAACCCAGCUAGACAUGAAUGAAUUUGAUAACUUGCUGCAGCCGAUAAUUGACACAUGUACAAAAGAUGCAAUCUCAGCUGGCAAAAACUGGAUGUUUAGUAAUGCAAAGUCUCCUCAACACUGUGAGCUGAUGGCUGGACAUCUGCGAAAUCGCAUAACGGCAGAAGGGGCACACUUUGAGCUUCGGUUACACUUAAUCUAUCUAAUCAAUGAUGUAUUGCAUCACUGCCAGCGGAAGCAAGCACGAGAUCUUCUGGCCGCUUUACAGAAGGUGGUUGUCCCUAUAUAUUGUACUAGCUUUUUAGCUGUGGAAGAGGAUAAGCAACAGAAAAUUGCCAGACUCCUUCAGCUGUGGGAGAAAAAUGGCUACUUUGAUGAAUCAAUUAUUCAGCAGUUACAGAGCCCGGCUCUUGGACUUGGCCAGUACCAGGCAACUUUGAUCACAGAAUAUGCAUCAGUAGUGCAGCCUGUGCAGGUGGCCUUCCAGCAGCAGAUACAAAACUUGAAAACACAACAUGAAGAAUUUGUCAAUAGUUUAACACAGCAGCCACAGCAGCAGCAACAAAUACAAAUACCACCACUGGAGAGUGAGGUAAAAUCGACACCCCCGGCUCCGGCUCCGGCUCCGACACCUGCUGCAGCACCGCCUGCUGCUCCAGUCAGUCAAGGAGAUGAUGGCAAGUCUCAGCUUCCUCUGGCUGGUUCUGCAGAGUAUGAUGCAACAGGGGCGGGGGUGCAAGAUCCUGCAGCUGCUGGACCACGUGGCCCUGGGCCUCAUGAUCAGAUUCCUCCAAAUAAACCACCCUGGUUUGACCAGCCUCAUCCUGUUGCACCUUGGGGUCAACAACAGGGACCUCCACACUGUCCUCCGUGGAAUAACAACCAUGAAGGAAUGUGGAAUGAACAGAGAGACUCAGGAUGGAAUAACCAGCGGGAGACCCCUUGGAAUAACCAGCCAGAUCCUUCUUGGAACAACCAAUUUGAAGCACCAUGGAACAACCAGCACGAGCAGCCUCCAUGGGGAGGGGGCCAAAGGGAGCCUCCAUUUCGAAUGCAGCGGCCACCUCACUUCAGAGGCCCAUUCCCUCCACAUCAGCAACAUCCCCAGUUCAAUCAGCCCCCACAUCCACAUAAUUUCAACCGCUUCCCACCUCGCUUCAUGCAGGAUGACUUCCCACCUCGCCAUCCCUUUGAACGGCCGCCUUAUCCUCAUCGUUUUGACUACCCCCAAGGGGAUUUUCCUCAAGAAAUUGGACCACCUCAUCAUCAUCCUGGGCAUAGAUUGCCUCAUCCUGGAAUUGGUGAGCAUCCUCCUUGGGGUGGGCCACAGCACCCUGAUUUUGGGCCUCCUCCACAUGGAUUUAAUGGGCAGCCUCCUCACAUGCGGAGACAAGGCCCCCCUCACGUAAACCAUGAUGAUCCCAGCCUGGUGCCAAAUGUCCCCUACUUUGAUCUUCCUGCUGGACUUAUGGCUCCACUUGUGAAACUUGAAGAUCAUGAAUAUAAGCCUUUGGAUCCUAAAGAUAUACGUCUUCCACCCCCAAUGCCCCCGAGUGAGAGAUUGUUGGCUGCAGUUGAAGCAUUUUAUAGUCCACCAUCGCAUGACAGGCCUAGAAACAGUGAAGGCUGGGAGCAGAAUGGGCUGUAUGAGUUCUUCAGAGCUAAAAUGAGAGCUAGACGGAGAAAAGGUCAGGAGAAGAGAAAUAGUGGGCCAUCUCGAUCCCGCAGUAGGUCUAAAAGCAGAGGUCGCUCCUCCUCACGAUCCAAUUCAAGAUCUUCAAAGUCAUCUGGCUCCUAUUCAAGGUCACGAUCACGAUCCUGCUCCCGAUCACGAUCCUAUUCACGAUCGCAGUCCAGAAGCAGAAGCAGGUCCCACUCUUCUCGUAGUCGGUCAAGGUCAAGGUCAAGAUCAAGAUCUAAAUCUUACUCCCCGGGAAGGCGACACCGGUCCCGAUCUCGCAGUCCCACUCCUCCCUCUGCUGCUGGUUUGGGCUCUAACUCCGGGCCUCCUAUACCUGAUUCAAGACUUGGAGAAGAAAAUAAAGGGCAUCAAAUGUUAGUGAAAAUGGGAUGGAGUGGAUCUGGAGGACUGGGAGCCAAGGAACAAGGAAUCCAAGACCCAAUUAAAGGAGGGGAUAUCCGAGAUAAAUGGGAUCAGUAUAAAGGAGUAGGAGUUGCACUAGAUGACCCAUAUGAAAACUACCGCAGAAAUAAAAGUUACUCGUUUAUUGCACGCAUGAAGGCCAGAGAUGACUUGAAGCGUGAAACCCAAGACCCUCCACCACCUGAAUAAGACUCCCUGAAAUCUGAAGAAAGAUGUCUUGCAUCUUCUACAAAAGAUUAAACUUAAUCUUGUAUAAAUCAGGAUUAAUGUCUGGAGGAAGUGACAUUAAUGAAUUACAUUUAAAUCUAUGAUGGAAAAUGGAAGGCUAUGACAUGUACUCCAACAUUUGUUUAGUGCUUUAAAAAGGCCAGUCAUUUCUGUUACAUGUCUAGCGAGUUUAAAAAUACCCAUUUAUUUUGCAAACUUUCAAAAAUUAGUUACCCAUUUUAUACUAGAACUAAACCCCUGCCAAACUAUCCCUGCUCCAGGAUUGUGAUCCACUCAUUCCUCUGGAAUACAGAUGUUACUUGUUAUGGUUUUUUGUCUCUUGUUCCAUAAUGUAUGUUUUUCUCUCAAAGGUUAAUUCUAUUUGAAGUGGAGGGGUGCUGCCUUGGGAGCAAGUCAGACUGAUGCUGAGCAGUGUAUCCUAAUGUCUAAAUGGGGAAUGAAGCACCUAAUUCCAAUACAGGUGACCUAUGAGCACUGUAUGAGCUUAUUAGAGCCUACUACACAACUUAAAGCCCCUACGCACCAUCUGCUGCAGUCACAAUUCUAUUCAGAAUGUAGAGUGUUAACUGUUUUAGCCACUCAAGUGCUCUAAGAUGUUCAAUGCUUUAUAAUGAAAGGCAUUCUUUAAGCUUUUUAUAUUUUUGUAUAUACCCUUGAAUAAAAAGCUAGAACUAAUUCACUAGAGAAGACUUCAUUUUCCCCACCCCACAUUUCUAAAUAUGAAACAUUCUUGGAAACCACCCUGCCUACAAAAUACCCUUUUUUGUAACUAAAUUCUGUUUCCAGAAACCACCAGCUACAGAUGUUAGAUAUCCUAACACUGCACCUCCACUGCAGAGGUCUGCUGGAUGGCAGCCUCUUCCAGAACCAUUUUUACAGUAAAAAACCAUUGAGUCACCUAUGGUAAAUAAUCAACUUGUUGUAGAUUUAUUGUAGCUGUGAAACUGUAACUGUCUGUGAAUCAGCAAAAGACAUGUAUGUUACCAACUUGUGAAUUUUACUGUUUUGCUUUCAAAUAAACACUUUUAUAAAACUGUC